AUCAAAAGCCUUCUUCUUUCUCUUUACAUUUUUCUCUAUUCUUUGCAUUCUUGCUCUUAGUCUAACACACAAAAUUCCUACAGUUGGUAUCAGAGCACUUUAAGUGAUCUUUGAGAGGCUGUGAGGUGAGUGAAACACGAGUGAAAGUGAGGAAAACAAACUGAGAAAAGAAAGGGAAAGUGUUGAUGGCUGAAUCAAAAGGUUUCAUCAUUGCUCCUCCUAUUUUUGCAGGCCAAAAUUACAAUAUUUGGGCUGUGAAAAUGGAAGCUUUUUUGAGAGCUCAUGAUUUAUGGGAUGUUGUAGAAACAGAUGUAGAUCCAGAGCCCUUGAGAGCAAAUCCCACAAUUGCUCAAAUGAAGCAACACUCUGAUGCUGUUUCGAAGAAAUUCAAGGCGGUGUCUUACCUCCAUGCAGCUUUGAGUGAAGAUAUGUUUGUCAGGAUCAUGACAAACAAAACAGCAAAGAGAAUUUGGGAAAAACUUGCUCAAGAAUUCCAAGGAGAUGCUAGGGCCAAAGGAAUGCAGAUUCUCAAUCUAAGAAGGCAGCUUGAAACUCUCAAAAUGAGAGAUAAUGAACUGGUGAAAGAUUUUUCUGGUCGAGUACUAAAGGUUGUUACUCAAAUGAGACUACUUGGAGAAGAUGUCACUGAUAAGAGAGUUGUGGACAAGGUGAUGUGUUCUGUUCCAGAAAAGUUUGAGCACAAGAUUAGCUCGCUUGAGGACAGUAAAGACAUGUCAACCUUCUCUCUUGCAGAAUUAGUCGGUGCACUUCAAGCCGUUGAAGACAGGCAAAUCAUCAGGAAUGAAGGCUCUGCUGAAGGAGCCUUGCUUGCUCAAUCCAAAGGAAAGCAGCCGAGUCAAGUUUCCUUUGAUGAAAAGAAAGACAGAAAAUUUCAGCCCGGAAAUUCUAGCAAAACAAGAGGGAAGAGAGCUACUUAUCCUCCUUGCCCUCACUGCAAAAGAACAAACCACAGUGCUGAUUAUUGUUGGGUCAGACCUGGUGUGCAGUGCAAACAAUGCAAAAAGUUCAGGCAUGUUCAGAAAAUCUGUAAGUUCAGAAAUGAUCAACAACAAGCUCAGAAUGCUGAAGAACAAGAAGAGGCGGAAGAGAACCUUUUCAUGGCUUCAACAGUUCAAAGAGGCUUGGUGAAUCAUCCAAAAUCUGAUUCAUGGUUGAUAGACAGUGGUUGCACAAACCAUAUGUCUCCUGACUUGAGUAUUUUCAAGUUCCUUGAUGAGAACUAUCACUCAAGAGUGAAAGUGGGAAAUGGUGAAUUUCUUACAGUCAAAGGAAGAGGCACUGCUGCAAUCAAAACUAGUUAAGGUACUAAAGUUCUUCAAGACGUGCUUUAUGUGCCUAAUAUUGCUCAGAAUUUGAUUAGUGUGGGGCAACUGGUUGAUGCUGGUUUCUCGUUGGCCUUCCAUGAUAAUAUUUGUGAUAUUAGUGACAAGAGUGGCGUGGUAGUUAUGACUAUUAAGAUGCAUGAUAGAAGCUUUCCUCUAGAAUUGAAGAAUGGAGAUCAUGUAGCCUAUCCUAGUGCAGUUUCUAAGUCAAAAUUACUGCAUAGUAGGCUGGGUCAUUGUAGCUACACAACUAUGUCACAAAUGCACAAGCAUAGCAUGGUUGAAAACAUGCCUUCCGUUGUUAGUGAAGAUGGCGUGUGUUGUGUUUGUGAGAAAGGAAAAUCCAGCAAGAGUUCAUUCAACAAAGAUGGAGUGAAGAGGGCCAAAGAUAAGCUGGAGCUCAUUCAUUCUGAUAUUUGUGGUCCUAUGAGUGUUGAAUCACUAAAUGGAAGCAAGUAUUUUUUAUUGUUUAUUGAUGAUUAUAGUAGGACAACUUGGUGCUACUUUCUGAAGCAAAAAUCUGAAGUGUUUAAUCACUUUGUUGCUUUCAAGAAAGCAGUUGAAAAAGAAGCAGGGAAAGUGAUUAAAGUUUUCAGAACUGACAACGGUGGAGAGUUUUGCUCUCAUCAGUUUGAAUCUUUUCUGAAGGAUCAUGGCAUAGUUCAUCAGAAAACCAAUCCUUACACUCCUCAACAAAAUGGUGUAAGUGAAAGGAAGAAUAGAAGUGUGAUGAAUAUGUCCAGAUGCUUGAUGUUUGAAAAAGAUCUUCCAAAACAGUUUUGGGCUGAAGCAGUCAACACCGCAGUAUAUUUACUCAACAGAAUCUCUACCAAGUCUUUAGACAACAAGACUCCAUAUGAAGCUUGGUCUGGUUACAAACCCAAACUAGAUCACUUGAGAGUGUUUGGCAGUCCAUGCUACACUCAUGUGCCUGAUGUAAAGCGAGACAAGCUUGAUGCUAGAGCUGUGGUUGGUAUUUUUAUUGGUUACAGCUCUAUUACAAAAGGUUACAGGGUGUUUAGUUUGAAAACCAAGAAAGUGGAGGUGAGUAGAGAUGUCAGAAUAGAUGAAGGCUUGAAAUGGAAUUGGGAAAAGAUGGCAAUAGAAGAAGAUGAUCAAUUUGAUGAUGUUCUUGAAGCUGCACAACCUGAAGAUGCACUCGAAGAUGCUGAAUCCGAGCGCAUUGAUCAUGUUCCAAUCAGAGGAACUAGAUCCUUGAAUGAUGUCUAUGCAAGAUGUAAUCUCUCACUUCAUGAGCCGACUAGUACUGAUGAGGCUCUUGAAAUAGAAGUUUGGAGACAUGCGAUGCAGGAUGAAAUUUCAGCAAUUGAAAAGAAUGAAACGUGGAAGCUUGUCAACCUACCCACUGAAAAGAAAGCAAUUGGAGUAAGAUGGAUUUACAGAACCAAGCUCAAUCCUGAUGGCACUGUAUCCAAAUACAAAGCCAGACUAGUUGUUAAAGGGUAUGCUCAGAAUCCUGGUGUUGAUUACUUUGAAACAUUCUCUCCUGUUGCAAGAAUGGAGACCAUCAGACUGCUUCUAUCAUUAGCUGCACAGCAAGGAUGGAAGGUAUGCCAGUUGGAUGUCAAAUCUGCUUUCUUAAAUGGCUUCUUGCAAGAGGAUAUUUAUGUUGAACAACCUGAGGGUUAUGUUGUUGCUGGUUCUGAAAGCAAGGUCUACAAGCUAAAUAAAGCUCUUUACGGGCUUAAACAAGCACCUAGGUCCUGGUAUGAUAGACUUGAUGCUUGCUUGAUUGAAAUGGAGUUUGAAAAGAGUAAAAAUGAAGCCACACUAUACGUGAAGGAAUUGAAUCAAGACAUCUUGAUAGUUUCAGUGUAUGUGGAUGACUUGUUAAUCACUGGAAGCUCCAUAAAGAUGAUAGAUCAGUUCAAGUCAGAGAUGAAGAAGAAAUUUGACAUGAGCGACUUAGGCUUAAUGUCUUAUUUCUUAGGACUUGAAGUGGUACAGAUGGACUGUGGAAUUCUGAUCCAUCAAAGGAAGUUUGCUACUGAAGUGUUGAAGAAGUUUGCUAUGUCAGAAUGCAAGCCAAUUGGGACACCAUUGGCGACUGGUCAAAAAUUCUUCAAAGAGGAUGGCACUGAGAAAAUUGACAGUAAAAUAUAUAGAAGCUUGAUGGGGAGCUUAUUGUAUUUAACUGCAUCAAGGCCUGAUCUUGUGUUCUCAGUCAACCUACUCUCUAGGUUCAUGCAUUCUCCAAGUGAGCAACAUUUCAAAGCAGCAAAACGGAUUUUGAGGUAUGUGCAAGGCACUGCUGAUUAUGGUGUGUUUUAUGGCAAAAAUCCAGUUAAUCUAAUUGGAUUCACUGAUAGUGAUCUUGCUGGCUCUGAUGAAGAAAGCAGAAGCGUGUUUGGCUACUGUUUCUCUCUUGGUUCAGGCAUGAUUAGUUGGAAGUCAAAGAAGCAAUCUGUUGUUGCUCAAUCAACUGCUGAAGCUGAAUAUAUUGCAGCUUCCAAAGGAGGAAAUCAAGCUGUCUGGCUAAGAAAAAUUCUCGUUGAUUUGAAAUUGGAGCAAAAGAAUGCAACUGUGAUGUUCUGUGACAGUAAAGCCGCCAUUGCCAUCAUCAAAAAUCCAGUGCUUCAUGAUAGAACGAAGCAUUUUAAAAUCAAGUUUCACUCCGUAAGGCAGCUGCAAAACGAAGGUGAUAUUGAUCUACAAUUUUGCUCAUCCGAAGAGCAAACUGCUGAUAUACUCACUAAGAUUCUGCCAAAACACAGGUUUGAUGUUCUGUGUGAAAGACUUGGAAUGCGAAGACUUAGCUCCAUGGGGGAGUGUUGAAGUUAGUGGUAUGGUGACUCAAAGAAUGGAACAAAAAGUCUAUCUAAAAUCCUGUGUUAGGAUAUUUUAUUAAGGCCCUACUUAUCUUCUUAUCUUUUCUUACAACCUAGCCACUAGGAAGAAAGAGUGUAAGA